AAUGCUGCAAGUUGCGAGGAAACGUAUGUUCAAUGCACCCUUCGCAGCGAUCGCUACUCUGACGCUGACUCUGCUGUUGCUUGUCGAUCAAGUAAGAAACAACGAUAGAAAGCCCCCGUACGAAAUGCCAAUUCGCAAUUGAUUCGCGAUUAUAUACGGUAUAUCGCUCUUGUGUACACGUAUAUAGAAUAAGAGAUUAAUUGUGCGCAUUGUAUAAGAGAUAUACGUGGUUGUGAAAGAAAACACGUUUCGCACCCUCGCCUCGUACACUUUUUGUCCGUUCAGCUUCUCGCGCUCCUCGAUCAAUAACAUGCUCGUCUCGCCGUGCUUGUCAUUUGCGCUUAUGGUCUUUAAUGGGUUAACCGUCCAAUUCCGAAAGGCUCUGCGAUUUUUUACAACUAUUUGAUUCUCACGGAAGAAGAUCGCUACUGCCAAAAUCACACCGAUUUGAGUAUAAAUCAGCGUUGUAUAAUGUCAAAGAAAUUAUGAAUUAUUUUAUUAUUACAAAAAAACGUGAUGCGAAUGUGACGUAUGGAAAAGUGUCUUCUAGGCUGUGCGAUGGAGGACACGUCUGCUCUCAUCCAAAAGAGUGCUGUCCUCUUGGUUGUUGUUACAGUCUUUUUACACCAAUGCAUCUUCAUAUUUCAGAAAUGUUCAAUUUCCUGAUUUGGACUUAUUGGUAUUUGUGGGUUGCAGUGCUUGUAGCCUUAGCUAUAGCUGCAAUAUGCGGCUUCUGGUUGUGGAAACGUCAUCGUUCCUCACUAUCGGAAGAUUGCACAUCUUCCGAAAGAACUUCCACAGGUCCAUGGUAUCCGCCUCCCCAUUAUAGCCGAUGUAGUUCCUUUGUUCAGGCAUUGCCACCACCGUAUAACGAGGUAACUGCAAAGCCAGACCUUUAUCCAUUAGUGAUCGGUUACGAAGACAGUUCGGGUAAAGGAACAUCCGGUUUUGUAAUGCGUUACUUCAGAUCAUUAUCUCACGCAAGUACAUUAGAUUCGUUAAGCUCCAGCUUCAUGUACAACAUGGUGAACGAAGCGAACACUAUUAUUCCACCGCCGUAUUCUUGCAACAAUAGCGUCGACGGAUUAUCGGCGACAGAGUGCGAGAGAAGAGAGACUGGCGAUAUGAGUUCGGUUGUAUCUCUGGCAAAUCAUCGAACAACCUCUGACAUAUCAAGUUUAGCUGCUCAAUCACCUUGUUCUCCACCGAGAGCUACCAGCCCUACAAUAGAAUUGCGAGAACUAUUGGAUAAGAUACAACAGCUUCCUCAUUUGUCCGCUGGACACACCACUAUUAAACAUUGUCAGCAGACUCAAGCCCCGGUAUUGUACGUAACGAACGGUGGCAGUACCACGCAACAACGGUCACUAAGUCCGAGCGAUGUCGGCUCGUACAAAAUCAGAAGAACGAGGGGCAAAUUGUACAUGCCAUUGGGGUUGCCGAGUUCACGAAGUAAACCCAAACGGUGGUUGUCGCGCUCCGCGCCGACAACGCCUUCGGGCGCGAUACCGAUGCCUUUUUUGCCGAUCCAGAAUAGAAAACCCUCGGAAGUCGAUACCAAUAAUCAGCAAGUAGUGCCGCUACUUUCCGAACAGGAUGAGAACGAAAAUAACAACGCGGAACGGAUACCGUCCAGCGUCUCCGUGUUCGCCGAACAGGAAGAAGAUCGAGAGUCGACAUGACAUAUAGUUUAAUAAAAUCAUUUUUGCGUUUCUCGAGAUCUCGAUGUUGUGAGAGUUUUAUGCGCGAAUUGUUCAAAUACAUACACAUAGUCACAAGUUUUAAAACUUUUUUACGGCUGUGUGUGAAGUUACAUAUGGCGGCGUAUAUUUUACAUAUACCCUUAUCACACAAAUUUAUGCACGUACAGAGCGUACUCGGAGCGUAUCUAGAGAUAUGUGUAGAUAUAUGACAUAUUGGUUAAACAUCUAAAAUUUUUUUUAUUACUUAAUAUAUUGUUAAGUUAAUAUAUAUUUAAGCUUUA